AAAACCGUUCCUAUUUCCCGGUUUUGCGUUUCUGAUAGAAAACGAUUCCCAGAGGGAGUGGGAAACGUUUUCAACCUUGGGUUGAGGAAACCCAACCCUCGGGUUAAGCGAAGACUUUUUAUUUUUAUUUUUCUCUCUUCUCUUCGAUGUCUCACUCUUAAAAGGCGUUUCCCUUGGUGUCAAUCUUGCCCCGUUCUUUACUCGUCUUCCAUCUCUUGUGAAUUUGCGUGGAAAGCAACCGAGAUUUUUCAAAAUUUGGGAGUUUUUUCUUUGAUAGGAAGCUAAUUGAUAAGAAAAGAGGAAUCUUUGAUCAAGCAUCAUGCCGUGGGCUCCGUCAUUUUCAAACUAUUACAGCAGCAUCAGGAAGUGCGUUCGCUUGGUCGUUUUCUUUCGUGUUAUCCUGUGAAUUGGUUUGGAUUUCCAUUGUAUUGAGGGGAUUCCUCCUUCACUGUGUUUUGGGGUUUACUUGGUUUGGGAAAAGUGAGGAUGUACAUUGCUGUCAAUCUGAAGAGACACAGAACUGUGGAAAGGGUAGGAGAAAUCAUAAUGAAUGUUAGAAUCAUAGCCUAUUACCAGUUGAUGCAAGUUUGUCAGGCUGAGUACUUCCGUCAGUUGCUCAAGCCUGUUACGUAGUUUGAAUCAAAGUUAGACGUUACAACCACCUGCCUUUGCGUUUUGCUCAUUGAUCAUCAGAAGAUAAAUUGGCUGUGGUAGAAAGGAAAUAAGGAAGAUGGUCACAACUUGGGGUAGAGUUUGAAUUGUGGAAUUCCCAAAGGCAGCACAGAGUUUGAACUUUGAACUGGGAGAUUGGCUUGGGUUUUAUGAUAAAGAGUGUUUGCCUUUGCAGUACUGACAUAUUGUCCCCAGUUUGACUGCACUUGUAGUAAUUGAAACUCUCAUUUUUGUUCGGGUUCUAUGCAGAGUGACCCAAGGUUCCUUACUGGUAACUCCUCCCCCACUGAUCCGUAUGAAGUGGGUGGUUACACCCAUUUGGGUGAUCAUGGUACUUAUGGUACCUAUGUCGCACCUCCCUUUAGCCCUGCUGUUCCAGGGAGGAUGCAUGAUUUUCCUGGUCCAAUGAUGAAUGGAUUUGAGUUCCAACCACUGGAAACCUGCCCCAAGAACUUCAUUAUCUUUGACCAAUCCGACAACAAAGGCCGGGUAAUGUUCCACCCUGCAUUGGCCCAGAAGUUCAGUUAUCCAAGCUUCGAUAUCCACCCCACCCUUGCUCACAAUCAUGGUCAGAACCUGGAGAAGGUCAAUGAAAUCCGAGGCAAACUCUCCUCUUCUCUAAAAGAAGAUACUGAAGAAAUCGAUGCAUUACUGAGCUCAGAAGAGGAGGAGGAGGAGGAGGAAGAGGAGGAUGAAGAUGAAGAAGAUGAUGUGAUCAGCACCGGCCGAACACCAAGCAACUGGGGAUACAAUUCACACUACUCUUCAUCCUCUACGGAGGGCUCAAAGUCUCGAAAGGCAAAGUCCUCAUCAUCUGCUCACAAUUCAUUCUCUAGCAGUGCAAGCAGCAGUGAUAGGAAGAGGGAGCGAAUGCGAAAGAUGGUUAAGGCUCUCCGUGGCAUCAUACCCGGCGGUGACCAUCUCGACACUCCUGCAGUUCUCGACGAAGCUGUCAGGUACCUGAAAUCUCUAAAGAUGGAAGCCAAGAAGCUCGGGAUACAGAAUCUCGAGGAAUAAACAUAAGGUACCAAAGCGAAUUCAUCGUACUAGCCAUUAUUUCCUGCAUUAUGAUAACUUAGGAUGUCUGCUCUUUGCAUUGACUAUGAUUCCAUGCUCCAUGAUUAGAGCAUGGGAGGAUGUUGAGUGUGUUUCCUAUUAAAGAUUAGAACUAGACUCAAAACAUCAACAACAACAACAGCAGCAGCAUGAUAAUCAGUGAGUGUUCUUGCUUUUGCUUUGCUGUUGUUGGUGGUGGGCCUUGAUGUCUGGUAUGUUAAGUUUUGUGGUUUCUGUUGUAUGUUUGAUGCUAUGAUUCUGUCAAAAUUUUCUUUUGUGAAGUUGGACAUAUAAUCACCACUUAUGUAUCUUUUAUGGCCAUUCUAAUAUAAAAUCAGAAACUCUUGUUAUGUU